AUGACACUUACAGAAGUCCCUUCAGAUCCAGCAGACAACCCAAGUGCAUCUGUUGACUCUGGGGCUUAUUCGUCUUUUGAUACCUUGGUCGUUUCUCGGGUAUCCGAUGAUCUCAUUGACGCCCACAAAGGCUCCGAGUCCUUGCCCGAUGGUGGUUAUGGCUGGAUCUGCGUCUUUUGUUCUUUUAUUGUUCACUUUUUUGCCCUGGGGAUCGAGUCUUCUUGGGGAGUGUAUCAAAGCCAUUAUUUUACAUCACACGAUUUAGGUCCUGUUUCCAACUCAGAUCUAGCCUGGGUCGGAUCUAUCCAGGCAACUGGGCAACCACUCGUUGGGAUUUUGGCCGGGAUCCUGGCUCAGCGUAUCGGCUACAGGCUAACGGGAUUUAUCGGAACAUGCAUAAUGGGCAUCGGUUUGAUCUCUGCGUCGUUUUCAACUCACGUAUGGCAUUUAUACCUCACUCAAGGUGUGUUAUUCGGAGUUGGGAGUGGUUUCGCAUUCAUUCCCGCCGUCUGCAUUCCUUCGCAAUGGUUUACUAAACACAGAGGACUUGCCACUGGAAUAGCGGCUAGCGGCUACGGUGUCGGAGGUUUAUUGCUCAGCCCUUUAACGCAAAGACUCCUCGAUCUCAUGGGGUUUCGCUGGGCUCUCCGAAUUACUGGACUGAUGACAUUUGUUGGCAAUGCAACUUCCUUUUUGUUCAUCAUCACCGGAUUAUAUGAGAUGCCGUCGUCAUUCCCCCUCGGGGUUGCUGAUAUCUUCCUUCGGCCCCGUGCAUCGGCCAAACUGGCCACAAAGGUGGACAAAACACUGAUGAUGGACAAAGUCUUCUUGUUUCUGUGUUCUAUCGGACUUCUUAGUGGUCCUGGUUUCUAUGUUCCCAUUUUCUACGUUCCGGACUAUGCCAUCAAUAAGCUGGAGCGCAGCGCUCAGGAUGGUGCGAAUGCCGCAGCUCUCAUAUCGGCCUUUUCCGCCGCAGGUCGUGUGCUUGUAGGUAUAGUAGGCGAUCAACUGGGACAUUUACCUGUCCUUAUCUUGUGUCAAUGCAUGGGCGGCAUUGCGCAAAUGGCGAUAUGGCCUUUCGCUCACAGCCUUUCGGGCUUGAUGGCCUUCUCGUCUAUCUAUGGAUUUUUCACAGGCGGUUAUGUUAGUUUGUAUCCCGUUGUUGCUGCUGAUCUGUACGGUGUUGAAGGCCUGGCAAGCAUAACUGGAGUCAUGUUUUCCAGUUUUGUGCCAGGAACACUUCUCGGUCCCCCCAUUUCAGGAGCUAUUCUUGAUUCUCACACGAGUCCCCUUACUGGCAAGAUCAAUUUCCUUCCCGUACAGCUCUUCGGCGGUAGUUGGCUACUGGGGUCGGCUGCUAUGGGUGCUAUGGUCCUGUUUUUCCGUGUCAAGGAAGGCUCGAUUGCUCUGGCGUGA